CAAGCCAAUUAAAUAAUGAUAAUAAUAACAAUCAUAAAAUAUGAAUAAUAAAAAAUUAGAUUACAAAUUAACAAAUAAAAAUGAUGAUAAAAAAAAUCCAGAAUUAACUGUACAAAUGUUUUUUGAAUUUAUGCGAACAGCAUAUCAAGUUAAUGAUAGUUUUGAUGAAUUAUCAGCAGUAUUAACAGCAAACAGUGAAAUUGAUUGGAAUGAAUUAGCAAAAAUAAAUUUAAAUAACAAUGAAUCAUCAAAUGAAAAAUCAACAGAGACAGAUUUAAUAAAUGACAAUGAAAUUUUACAAGUUAAAGAUAAUCCAGAUGAUUUAGAUAAAAAAUCUAAAACAAAUAAUAUAGUAAUCAAUAAAAAUGAUGAAAAUAAUGAUAAUUCAUUAUCAAAAUUAUUAAAAACAAAUUUAAGUGAUAUUUUACAUGAAGGUUUGUUGGAUUCUGUGUUGCCAUAUAUGAUACCAAAACAAUCUGUAUCACAGCCAAUUAUUAAAAAGCCAAUGAUAAAUAAUGAGCCUAAAAAAACAACAUCAUUGCUAGCAUCAUUUGAUAAAUCAUUAACAACAACACGUGAUAAAGAUAAAGAACGUAAUAAAUUAAAUCGUAAAACAUUAGAAACAGAAGUUGAAAUACAUGUUUGUGAUGAAGCUAAAAAUAUAAAAAAAGAUUUUCGUUGUCCACAAAAUUUAUUAAUUCAAAAAAUGUGUUAUUUUGGUGAUGUUACAGCUGGACAAAAGCUAGAAGAAAUGGAUAUAUCAGUACAUUGUGAUAUAAUAAUAUUUGAUUGGUUAAUGAGAUGGGUUAAAAAAGAUAUUAUUAAAAAAUGUGAAUGGCCAAUAUUAGAAGCAAAUAAUGUUAUACCAAUAACAGUAUCAGCAUCAUUUCUUCAAAUGGAACCUCUACUUGAACAAUGUCUUAUUUAUUGUCAUGAAAAUAUGACUGAUAUAUUAAAAACACCAACAAUAUUAACAUGUUUAAAUGAUAAUAUAUUUACAAAAUUAUCAAAUUUAUUUACAAAUAUUGAUGUUGAAAAAUUAAAAGAUAAAAAAGAUAAAGUACAAAGUCGUUUAUUUUGUAAAUUAAUAUUAUCAUUAGUUGAUUCAUCACCAAAUAAUAAAAUUGGACAUUAUAGUUCAUUAUCAACACUAUUUAAAUGUAGUAAAUGUCAUAAAUAUAUUAUACAAUUAAUAUCUGAUACAGUACCAUGUAUUUCAAGUUCAAUGAAAAUUGAUAAUAAAGGUAAUAUUUAUAGUAAACAUACACGUGAUACAACAUGGACACUUAAUGAUUAUAUUAUUAAUUUAAAAAAUGAAUUACGUACAUGGAGAAAAGUUUAUUGGCAUUUAUGGGGUGAUUGUCAUUUUAUAACAUGUCGUCAAUGUGAAAUAUCAUUUCCAAUAAAUCAAAUGGAUUGGUGUUGUUAUCAUCCAGAUAAACCACAAUUUUUUGCAAAUGAACAACAAAGAGGAACAUCAUUUCCAAUUGGUCGUUAUCCAUGUUGUAGUCAACGUGCAUAUCGUUUUGAAGUAUUAAUUAAUCGUGAAGGUUGUCGUUAUAAAGAACACAUACCAAAAAUAACAGCUGAUUAUGAUGGACAUAUUUUAAAUAUAUUUACAAUGUAUAGAGAUAUUAUAUCUUUGGAUCCACCACAAAAAUUUUAUCCAGAUAAAAUAACAAGACUUGCAACAAAAGAUUCAUCAAUACCAAAUGGUAAAUUAUUAUGUAAAGAGGUCAUGUGGUGGGAUGGUAUUGAAUUGGUACCAUCAAGACCAAAGCUUGGUCUUCUUGGAAAAUUUUGGGGUGGAGUUAGUGUUAAAAAAAAUUGUUCAAUUGGUGAUACUCGAGGUCAUCAAAAAAAACAAUUACAACAACAAAAUUCACAAGUUGAAAAUUGUUCGAAAGAUUCAUUAUCAAGCAGUGAAUCUGAUGAUGAUGAUACUGGUACUGCUGGUGGUGGUGGUUGUGGUGGUAGUAGUAUUGAUGAAGAUUCUGAUAACAGUGAAGAAUCACAUGCUUGGAAAAAUUUUAAACCAGUUGAAAAAAUUAAAUCUAAAUGUGGAAAUUCAGUUAAAAGAAAUGAUCAAGCAAGAAAUUGGAACAUGAAUUUACUAGUCAGAUAUAAUCAAGAUAAUCAACGUGAUUUUGAAGAACGUGCUGCAGCUCAAAUGAUUGCUUUACUUACAAAACGAAAUAUUAUUGAAUCAAAUAUUGCCCAUAAAUCACAAAAAAAUCAUCAUUAUUAUGGACAACAAUGGAAUCACAGACCAAUUGGUGGUACUUAUGUAAAAUUAGAAGCUGAAUUUCGUGAACAUGCAACACAAUUUUCUAAAAAUAAAAAUACAAAUAAUACUAAAGUUUCAGUACGAGUAAAAUCAUCAAAAUCAUAAGAAAAUAAUGACAAAUAAAUAAUUUAAUGAUAAUUAAUAAUGAAUAUAUUUAUUUGAAUAAUAAAAA